GGAGGAGCAGGAGGAGAGAGGCCUGGAGGACACCAACAUGAACAAGUUGAAAUCUUCGCAGAAGGAUAAAGUUCGUCAGUUUAUGAUCUUCACACAAUCUAGCGAAAAGACUGCAGUGAGUUGUCUGUCUCAAAAUGACUGGAAGUUAGAUGUUGCCACAGACAAUUUUUUUCAAAAUCCUGAGCUUUAUAUUCGAGAGAGCGUUAAAGGAUCACUGGACAGAAAGAAGUUAGAACAGCUAUACAAUAGAUACAAAGAUCCUCAGGAUGAGAAUAAGAUUGGUAUAGAUGGUAUACAGCAGUUUUGUGACGACUUGGCACUUGACCCAGCCAGCAUCAGUGUACUCAUCAUUGCGUGGAAAUUCAGAGCGGCAACACAGUGUGAGUUCUCAAAGCAGGAGUUCAUGGAUGGGAUGACAGAACUAGGAUGUGACAGCAUAGAAAAACUAAAGGCCCAGCUACCCAAGAUGGAACAAGAGUUGAAAGAGCCGGGACGAUUUAAGGAUUUUUACCAGUUUACUUUCAACUUCGCAAAGAAUCCAGGACAAAAAGGAUUAGAUCUAGAAAUGGCCAUUGCCUACUGGAAUUUAGUACUUAAUGGAAGAUUUAAAUUCCUAGACUUGUGGAACAAAUUUUUGUUGGAACAUCAUAAAAGAUCAAUACCUAAAGAUACUUGGAAUCUUCUUUUAGACUUCAGUACAAUGAUAGCAGAUGAUAUGUCUAAUUAUGAUGAAGAAGGAGCGUGGCCCGUUCUUAUCGAUGACUUUGUGGAAUUUGCACGCCCUCAAAUUGCUGGGACAAAAAGUACAACAGUGUAGCACUAAAGGAACCUUCUAGAAUGUACAUAGUGUGUACAAUAAAUACAACGGAAAAUUGCACAGUCAAUUUCUGCUGGCUGGACUGAACUGAAGAUCAAUCCUCACAAUAAGGGCUGAGGGUUGAGACAAAACUUUAAGGAUACAUCUUGGACCAUGUCAUAUUUCACUCUUCUACUGGUGGUUUGGGCUUGUCUUCUAGUCUGGGCCACUUUUGCCAGUUAUAAUUCCAACAUUGUGGAUUUCAUCUUAUAUCUGUGGACCAUCCUAGAUUACUCUCACAACAUAAAUCUUAGAAGCUUUGUGGUGAUUAUUUUGAGGUUUCCAUUGUCACAUGAAGCACAAAUGCUAUCAUCAGACAACUGUUUGGCAUAAGAGUUAAAUAGAUCAGCAUCACAAACACUUGAUUUAAAACUCCUUAAGUAUAUGCUUUGGGCUAGUUGCAAGGACUAUGCUGAUAGCACUUCCUAAAAAAGUGAUAUAUUUAAGUGUACCAAUUCUGGGGUGUUUUUUUUUUUGUUCGUUUGUUUGAUUUUUUUUUUUCAUUUUACCACCCUCCCGUCCCCGGCAAAUCACUUGUAUUGUCCAAAUUGAUUUCGAGUGUCUGAAGAAAACAGUUGUAGAAACAACAAAUAUAAAGACAUUAUUAGGACGACUAGGUGCCUCGCUGAAAUGUUAAUUGUACCUUCACCACGUCGUUUGAAAAACAAAGGUAGCACAGAACUACUCCGCACUUAAUUACCCACGUUUAAUAUAUAAGUUGGCCUACAGUGUGCUUUGCCGACAAAAAGUUUCUCGCGUAAUGUUAGACUGUACUGCUCUCUACAUUAUGCCAUAUGUAAUUGGAUUUUAUUGCAAUUUUGAAAUGCUUAUCUGCCUGUCUACUAAGUUAGGAUAUUGGAAUUUUGUUUUGAAUGUUUUAAAUUGCUGUACAACACAGUAUUCUAAAUUUAGGCAUGAGGUUUUUUUGUCAUGACACAAUAGGACAGCAAGGAGCUACCCCUAAUUUAUGAAAACUUGGAGAGUCUAAUGUGAAUCUAAUACCUGAAGUGGUUGAGAUGGGUCAUUAAAGUUCAAUCUUUAUAACACAUAGGUACUACUGUUUCAAAAAAAAAAAAAGCCUGCUUUCGAUGACUUCUAUUGAACAUUUGUGUAAAUAACUACAGUUGAUUGUGGUUGCCAAAUAUUUCAGAAGUAAAGUUUUUCAAGCAGUCACAGAUUAGAUGCAGAAUACCACACUGGCUUCUUUUAUUUCCUUAAAUUAUUUAGUUGUUCCACUACUUUUAUUCGUCUCAAUGCAGGCUAAUUAGGACUGUUUUCACUUAAAAGCAGAAUUUCAUCUUGUAUGUUUACAUUGCAAGACACAGUUGCUUUCUCGCUGAAAACGGUAAUUUCAAUGUUCAGUUAUUGAUGGGAGAAGGGGCUAUUGUUUUCUUGAAAUAAAGUGUUUUUCAAAAAGCAGGUUUAAAAAUAUAAAAUUUCAAAUGUUAAAUUACUAGUGUCCGAGGGAUAGAAAUUUAUUAUGUUUGGUAAAUCCAGGCAAUCUCUUGUUAAGGUCAUAAUUUGCAAUGUAAUUAGUAAAUAGAGCGUGCAGUUCAUUUUUAUGCAGUUGCUGAAAAAAUUUUUAGGAAAAAAUGACAUUAAACUGCUUUUUUUUUACACACAUGCUUUGAAAUUGACUAAAAGACUUCUCUCAUAGGUGGCAGUGGUGCUUUAAUAAUCCAGUCACACCUUUAUUUCAAGAAUACAGUCGUACCGAAAAAGGGUUGCAAAUCUCUACUCAAGCUACUGGAAUUGGCUAUGCCAGAAAUUGAAUUUUGCUGCUUUCAGUGUUUCAUUUUUCGUUUUUUGUAAAUAUGAAUGGGGACUUGAAUUAUGAAAACUUUUAUGGUAUAUCGGUGUGCUGGUUUGUUUCUCGUCUUGAGGGUUUUUGAGUUUUGGUACAGUUUCAGAUUGAUUAAUUCAAGAAUGCUGUUUUUGAAAUAAGAUCACAUUAAUUUUUAUUCCAAUAUAGAUUUUGUCUUUCAUAAAAGUCUGAUAUUGGUUAGUGGCCCAGUGCCUUGGUGUUUUAAAGAUUUUUCUUUUUGAACGUGAGACCUUUACAACAAACUAGUGUUUGUCAUCAGUGUGGUACUAAACAUUUAUAAUUACUGUGUAAUUAUAAAAGAAAAAUACUUAAAUCUUUGAAUAACGAUGUAGCAGAAGAGUUAAGAUUGUUGAAGCAGUGGUGGCACAUAAGAAUUUAACACGGCCAUUACGUUGAAAUUGCAAGAUUGAUCUAAGGUGGUGUGGUUAUUUUAGAGAUCAAGGCCUGGUUACGGGGAAUAUUUUGUAUGGAAAAGUGCUCACUUACAUGGUCGUGUGUUAGUGCGGUGUGUGUAUGUGUGUGCGCAUGAGUUAAAACUAAGAUUGCUUUCAUUCAUAACUGCUGCAGUCCUUGUCUGACAAUAAACACCCCAUAAUUUUUGUUUUUCAAACUGUCCCAAAAGGUACCAUUUUCUUUUUGCCAAACGCCAGAGGUACACACGUGAAUUGUAAUGCUUUCAAAUACUUCAGUGUAUAAAAUUAGAAGUGCCCACAUAUAAAAAUACUUAAGAUCAAGAAUAUCUUUAGUGAAUAUCAUCACCUGCAUAUCUCUGUAAAGUCAACUGUGAUUUCGGACAAUCCCUGUCAUCCUGCAAACGGAGGCAAUAAAGCUUCAGUGAAAUUGCCAUGA